UGAACGCAGGCAGCGACUGUUGUUGGUGGAGCAUGGGGAAGCUCAAACGUAUUUCCCCGUCUCUUCGGAGCCUUCAGCGGUGACUGCGGUCAAUCCACACCGAGGAGUUCACCAGCCUGGAGCCUGGGCAUAAACUAGAAAUUCAUAAAACUGCCCUUCCUACUGUUAUUCGAAAGUGUUUUGUGUUCACUGGAUGCUGGUUGCCUGCGAACUGUGACUACUACUACCUGCGGAAAUUCUGAUUCAUAAUAUACCCUCUGUUUGGAGAGACCAAAAACUAAAAACUUCCGUGAGACCCAGCCUCAGGAGUAGGACCCCAGCCCCCAGCCCUCAACACAGAUCCAGCCUCAGGAGUAGGACCCCAGCCCCCAGCCCUCAACACAGAUCCAGCCUCAGGAGUAGGACCCCAGCCCCCAGCCCUCAACACAGAUCCAGCCUCAGGAGUAGAGGACCCAGCCCUCAACACAGAUCCAGCCUCAGGAGUAGGACCCCAGCCCCCAGCCCUCAACACAGACCCAGCUGAAGGAGUAGAGGACCCAGCCCUCAACACAGACCCAGCUGAAGGAGUAGAGGACCCAGCCCUCAACACAGACCCAGCUGAAGGAGUAGAGGACCCAGCCCUCAACACAGACCCAGCUGAAGGAGAAGGAGUGAGCAGCUACUAAACUUCAUGGGGCCCAAGAUUUGUAGCGACGCCCCUGCGUACGAGAUGAUUGAGGAGGGCAGCCGUAGAGGGAAGACCAUGGCGGAGAGGAGGCAGAUCUUCAUGGACAUGAGGGCGCAGAACUUUGACGAGAUCCGCCUCUCCGCCUACAGAACCGCCUGCAAGCUGAGGUUCGUCCAGCGGAGGUGUAACCUGCACCUGGUGGACGUGUGGAACAUGAUCGAGGCGUUCCGGGACAACGGACUGAACACGCUGGAGCACGAGACGGAGAUCAGCGUGUCGCGGCUGGAGACCAUCCUGUCGUCCAUCUUCUACCAGCUCAACAAGCGGCUGCCCACCACACACCAGAUCAACGUGGAGCACAGCAUCAGCCUGCUGCUCAACUUCAUGGUGGCCGCCGGAGACUGUGACGGCCAGGGAAAGCUGACGGUGCUCUCAGUGAAGUCAAUGCUGGCCACUAUGUGCGGGGGGAAGAUUGUUGACAAGCUUCGAUAUUUAUUCUCUCAGAUCUCGGACACGCACGGGGCGAUGACGGUGGCCAAGUUUGACCACUUCCUGCUGGAGGUCCUCAAACUGCCCACCGCUGUCUUUGAGGGGCCGUCCUUUGGUUACCAUGACCACCAUGCCCGUGCUUGUUUCCCCCAGCAGAAAAAGAUCAUGUUGAACAUGUUCCUGGACACCAUGCUGGCUGACCCGCCCCCUAACUGCCUCGUGUGGCUACCGCUGAUGCAUCGCCUGGCCAAUGUGGAGAACGUCUUCCACCCUGUGCCAUGUUCGUAUUGCCGUGCCGACAGCAUGAUGGGGUUCCGGUACUGUUGCCAGCAGUGCCACAACUACCAGCUGUGCCAGGACUGCUUCUGGCGCGGCCAUGCCAACCGCUCCCAUAGCAACCAGCACCAGAUGAAGGAACACUCCUCCUGGAAAUCUCCAGUGAAGAAGUUCGGCCAGGCCAUCAGUAAGUCUCUGGGCUGCGUGCCCAGCCGAGAACCUGCCCACCCCAUCUUCCCCGAGCAGCCGGAGAGACCACUCGACCUCGCCAACCUCGUUCCUCCGCGGCCCCCCAUCUCCAACAACAUGAACGACACGGCCAUGAUGCCCUCCGGAGCUCCCACCCCCACCAAGAGCAGAGUGUCAGGCUUGGCGGCGGCUCAGCGAAUGAAUGAGGAGCAUGCGCUCAUCGCUGCCUACGUCAACCGCCUGCAGAACAGCCCACGUGCGUUGGACAGCCCCAGUCGACUUGAUGAGGAGCACAAAUUGAUCGCCCGCUAUGCAGCACGACUAGCCACUGAGUCAGGAAACGCAGCGAGGCCUUCAGCGGACUUCAACUUUGACACCAAUAAGCAGCAAAGGCAGCUAAUAGCAGAACUGGAGAACAAGAACAGGGAGAUUCUGCAGGAGAUCCAGCGCUUGCGUGUGGAGCAUGAACAGGCCUCCCAGCCGACCCCAGAGAAGGCCCAGCAGAACCCCACCCUCCUCGCUGAGCUGCGGCUGCUCAGACAGAGGAAAGAUGAACUGGAGCACAGGAUGUCUGCGUUGCAGGAGAGCAGGAGGGAGCUGAUGGUUCAGUUAGAGGGACUCAUGAAACUACUCAAGGAUGAGGAACAGAAACAGGCUGCUCAGGCGGCAGGCUCUCCGCAGACGUCCCCGAGUCACGGUGUGGGUCGGCCGAUGCCCAUGCCGGUCCGCUCCACUGGCUCCACCCCCACACACCAGCCGCAGGACUCACUCACGGGGGUCGGAGGAGACGUGCAGGAAGCUUUCGCUCAGGGUGCCCGUAGGAACCUCCGGAAUGAUCUCCUGGUGGCCGCAGACUCCAUCACUAACACCAUGUCCUCUCUGGUCAAGGAGCUGCAUUCUGUAGACGAUGGAGCUGAAGAAGAAGAUGAGAGACUCCAGAAUGGGAGAGACAGAGGAAAGGCAACUGGACAGAAACAAAUGGUCUCCUUGUAGACCCGACUCCCCACAACAUGAACAUGACGCUCAACUCGCAACCACUGCUGUCACCACGACACCAGGACACAACCAAAACAGCCCAUCCUCAAACUCUCACAGGGAAGCGUGAAGGAACAGAGAUGAACAAACACACAAACAUGUAAACAAACAGACACAAACAGACGUGAUGUCAGGAUCGCUGCAGGUGUUGCGGUGGGUCACUGGCCACAGGUGUUCUGUGUCCUCCUUUGAAGGGAAAGUGUUGGGGUUCCCUGGGUCUGUGAUUGGCUGCUGUGUGUCGUUGUUGUUUGUUCGGUUUUUUUUAUUAUUAUUUCAUUUUUUUUAAAUUAGGAUUUGAUUUGAGUUUUUCGCGCUUGGAUUGAUUCAGCUUUAGCUCUUAGGGGCGGAGCUAACCCAAAGAUUGCUGAACAAUGACUCCGCCUACUUUGGGUGAUGCUCAAAUGACUCCGCCUACUUUGAGUGAUUGACGGUGCUAAGGCUCCACCUCCUGAGGAGGACACACAGAGUCCAUUUUUCCGACCAACAGAGAACUGGUUCUUGAAUCGGUUCCAUUCUGAAUUCUUAGAACCUUGGUGCUGUCUAGAGAAACCACCCGCAGUUCCACCCGUUUCGUACGGAACCAAUAAUGUUUCAUCAAUAGAGGGCGUGUCUUGCAUAACUGAACUGUAGAAUGACACGCCCACUCUGGUUCGGCUGGAAAAAAAGGUGUUUUCUUUUUUUUUUUUUUGGUGCCAAAUUUUCAGAUUCCGAAUCCGAACCGAUUUAUCUUUGGUUGAAAUUCUCCGAAUGGUUCAACAUCUGGAAGCGUGAACCAGAGUGGAGCCGGUUUUCUGUUGGUGGAACCAGGGUGGAGCCGGUUCUCUGUUGGUGGAAAAGGUCUAAGAGUGGGGACUGAAAGGAAAUGAAGAGAAAGUGAAAGAAGGUGAGAAGACGAUGAAAGAAAAAGAAUGUGGACAGACAAUGGUCAGAAGUAUGCAAAUUAGAUGUGUACAGUUAGAUGUGUGUGGAUGUGGCAGAUGAUUGGUCUAGGAAUGGUCUAGUUAACGAGGAUUGUCAGAAGAGGGGCGGGGCUUGUGUGUAGAGAAUAUUUAUUGCUGUACGUCUGACCUGUGACACAGACAGAACUCAACCAAUAUGGUGUGUGCUUUGUUUGUUUGUUUGUUUGUUUAUUUAUUGCUAUGAUGGAUGCUUAUUUAUUUUCCUAGUUCGGCACAUUAGCAUAACUGUUUGUGGAGAGAACAGGAGGGGACUCCAAGUGUGUGGUUCAGUAGCUUUACCUGGAUAAGCAGAGGUGGAAAACUCCAGCUUCACAAAGUAAAAGUCCAAUCAUGUAUUGGUUCUAUCUCUGCACUUACAGUAACACAGGUGAUCGCAUCAAUUAGCUGCUCUCCCUGGCUGAAGAAUCAGCUGGUUGAAGUGAAUGGUUGACACAGAUUUAUGGCAGGACUUUUACUUUCUGAAGCUGGACUUUUCCACCUCUGUAGGAUAAGUUAAAUCUGAGUGUGUUGUAAAGCUCCUUAUUGAAGAGCCGUAUGGCUUCAUUUGCAUAGCAGAUCAAAGACAAAGUGUUCUUUUAGGAUCGUUUACAACGUAUUCUGAGUUCAUUUAUCUGGGUUUAUCACUGACCUGUGCACUCCAAACACCCCCUUACCCCCCUGGAGGUUUUUAAACUGUAGGGUCACGUGAUCAAGUGAUCAUUUCUAGUCGGACUGACUCAAUCAAUGCUGUAUUUCCCUGGAUCAACCAGAAGAGUUUUUGUGUAUAUUAAAGUCAUAGAAUAUUUACUGUUUGUGAUUUGUUGUAGGUACUAAGCUUUUAUGUUCAAUGUAUGGAGGAUUCUUUUUUUGUUUGUUUUUCAUUUGUGAAAGCACUGCUUUUUGUUGUUUUUUAGCUUAAUAUCUGCCACAUGCACAUUUAAAGAUCUGGCCUGAUGUGUGUUGCAGAGUGUGUGUGUGUGUGUGUGUGUGUGUGUGUGUGUGUAUGUAUGUAAGAGAGAGAGAGAGUGUGCAAGAGUGUGUGCAUGUAAGUGCACGGGAGAAUGUGUGUGCGUGUGUGUGUGUGUGUAAGUAAGUGCACGGGAGAGUGUGUGUGUGUGUGUGUGUGUCUGUGUGUGUGUGCGUGGACCGCUGGACUGUAAAGUCACACUAGUGAAGCGGCCUUCAGCUUCAAAAGUCUCCAAGACCUAAGAGUUUGUGGGUUUCAUUCUUUCAAUAGUAUACAUUGUGUUUGAAAAUCAAUUAUACCUGCUGUAACAAAAAAAAAAGUAAUGAUAUAAUUGUGCCAAAAUUAUAUGUUUAUUUUGAGA